AGAUGAAGAUAAAAGAAAAGCUCUUGUCCGUAAUAAAUACCAGUUUCUGUGUUAUAUUCCUCCUAUUCCUCCACCAGCUUUAACACGCCCCACACCAUCACCACCACCACAACGACCACCUCCUUCUCAGGCGCCGCCCAGGCUAUCUAUCAAGUUAAAAGGACUCCCACUUGUCUUCAUCACCCGCUGCGGAUGUUUCCUUCCAGCAACCGUUCUAACCCUUUCCGCUACAUCGAUGAUGAAAACCCUAACUCAGGAGAGGACCAACCACCCUCAUCCUUCCUACACUUCCCUGCCGCGUUUCUUGAUGACUAUGAACUCAUUCCAACUCACUUAUUACCACAACGACAACUCAUGUUAGUAGACAGAUCAGGUGCCCAAGGUGAUCAGAGUGAGAUUAACGCGGCAGCUUCAAACAAGACAACAAGUGUGGACAAGGAGACAAGUAGCGAUGUUGUAGCUGAUCAGCAGCAGGAGCCUUUGGAAGUCCCGCCGAUGAAGAAGAGCGAUAGUGCGAAGAAGUCUGUCCCCAGAAAGAGAACUGGGAAGAAGGACCGGCACAGCAAGAUCUAUACAGCACAAGGUCCAAGAGACCGGAGAAUGAGAUUGUCCCUCCAAAUUGCCCGUAAGUUCUUUGAUCUCCAGGACAUAUUGGGCUUUGAUAAGGCAAGCAAAACCAUAGAAUGGCUCUUCACCAAGUCCAAAGCAGCAAUCAAGGAACUCACCGGAAAUCUUCCACAAAUAAAGCACAUUGGUGGUGGUGGCACUAGUGGUGGAACGAGUGCAUCCUCUAUUUCCGAAAGCAAAGGAACAUCGAGAUUGAAGGAGAUCGCCCACAAUGGAGAGCCCAAGGGCAUUGUGACAAAUGGUGAAUCUUCAGUACUGACAACUCCUAAAGAGAAAAAGAACAGAAAACCUCGUAGUAAAUCAGCACUUAAUCCUCUUGCAAAGGAAUCUCGCGAGAAAGCAAGGGCAAGGGCAAGGGAAAGAACAAGAGAAAAAAUGAUUAUGAGAAGUCUUGAAAAGUCGAAACAAUGUUCUGAAGCAAACCCUAAUAAUUUGGAACAGUUAGUCCCUUCCAGUCCACUCGAAACUGGUGAAGCAUCGGGUUCUCGCAGCCAAGAAAUGAGUGCUUCCCUCGAAGUGGUGGCUGAAGUAGAAGAACCCAGCACCCACUCGCUGGAACAUCAAAUGGCUACUGUGGGCAUCAUUGAGAAAUUUUUGGGCAUUCCAAGCUCUUCAACAUCAUCUUCCAUUUUCAAUUAUUCCCCCAACAUUGCAGUAUCAAGUGGGGUAAACUCCAACAAUUUUCCAUGUUUUCCUGGAAAUUGGGACAUAGACGAUAGUAGAAUUCAUUCCGGUUACUCUGCAAUGACAAACAUGGGUCCAUCCACAGGUAACUUUCAGGAUCAAAACCCUACUUCAGUUUUCAUGACCACCACAAAUGUCCGACAACAAAACCCUACUUCUCUAUUCAUGACCACUUCAAAUCGUCGACUGGAGUCUCAGUUUCAAGACCAAAACUCCCGUAAUCCUCUGGAUGGCAACAAAAAUCACAGGCUAUGUUAAUAUGGAUUACAUUGAGCUUUUUGAAGUUUGUGAACAACAGAAAACUGUUUAGCUAUCCCAGACUUGUGUUCUGAUGGAUUUCUGUUGCGUUUCUUGUCUGAAAUUUUAAACAAUUAGAUGUUAUUUUGUGUUAAUGUCA